UGCAAAACCAAUCACCUUUUUUGUCAGGACCCAACUUCUAUUUGCACCUAUAACCUACCUCAACCACCCAAUAGUUUCCAGCUGACAUUUCCUAAGAGUUUCUCUUUCUCUAUCUCUGUUUCUCUCUGCAGGUACUUUGCAGUUGCUUAAAUCUGUGUAGAAUCUACCAGAAUUUUUGGGAGAGGAAUUGAUUUUUUUUGGUGUUCAUUUUGGUGGUGUACCUGUGGCUAAGUUAAAGGAAUACGUAAUGGGAGAGGAGGAAGCCAACAAAAUGGAAGCCUCUGAACCCAAGGAGCAGCAGCCUGUUAAGGAAGAGAAGGAUGCAGCAGCAAAGACUGAUGUAGCUGAAGAGAAGAGCCUGAUCCCAGUUCCUGAAAAUUCUGUGCUUGCACGGGUUGAAACAGAAAAAAGACUAGCUUUACUUAAAGCAUGGGAGGAAAAUGAAAAGGCAAAAGUAGAGAACAAGGCACAUAAGAAGAUAUCUGCUAUUGGUUCAUGGGAAAAUACCAAGAAAGCUGGUGUAGAAGCACAGCUAAAGAAGAUUGAGGAACAACUGGAAAAGAAGAAGGCUGAGUAUGCUGAGAAAAUGAAAAACAGAGUGGCUGAAAUCCAUAGGGAAGCAGAAGAAAAAAGAGCAAUGAUAGAAGCCAAGCGUGGGGAAGAUUUUCUCAAGAUAGAGGAGACAGCAGCGAAAUUUCGUGCAACUGGAUAUACACCGAAGAAAUUUCUCGGAUGUUUCAGCAGUUAACGUCCUUGAUUGAUAUUCAAAAGAGAGAGAAUUGUUUUUGCUUUUUUUUCUGGCAUUUAUUUUGUUCUUUUCCUCUCCUCCUGUUGGUUUGUGCCUGGGACCUUUUAAUAUCAGUGUACGUCAAUGUAUCUGUGUGUAGAUAUGUGAGAUACAUUACUUCUAUCUUCAUAAAUCUAGUUGUAAUUUGUAGAAAUUUAUGGCUUGUACUUAUGUUCUACCAUGAGAUUUUCCAAUUCCUUUUCUCCCCAGGCUUUCUAUAUCUUGUCAUUUGUUCUCCCUAAAACUCUGCUGUAUGGUGAUAUGUUGAUGCAUCUGGCCAAUUUUUGUAAGCCAGGCUGUUAACAGAGCUUAAGACUGACCCAGUAAAGCUGCUCUGUCUUCCUCUGUAAUGGAUAGCAUGUUCAGUCAAUAAAAUGAUUGUAACUU